ACACUACCAGUACCAUCACUGCUCACUGAACUGCUUCAGUCAACUUAGCUUAUCUUCAUAGCCUCCACCGCCCAUCCCGCGCCCAUGGCGUCCUUCCCGCCGCCGCACGUCGUGGAGGAUGUGCCCGGAAUACUCCAGUUCUUCAGCGACGGCUCCGUGAUCCGCGCCGAGUACACCUACCCGCACCCGCCCCUGACGCCGCCGCCCGGCCAGCCCGUCGUCCAGUGGAAGGACAUCGUGUACGACGCCAGCCACGACGUCUGCAAGCUCCGCGUGUACAAGCCACAGGCGGCCUCCUCCUCUUCCGGGGAGAAGCUCCCGGUGAUCGUCUACUACCACGGAGGUGGGUAUAUCAUGGGCAGCUUCGAGAUGCCCUGCUUCCACGACUGCUGCCUCCGCCUCGCCGGCGAGCUCCCGGCCGUCGUCAUCUCCGCCGACUACCGCCUCGCCCCCGAGCACCCCCUCCCCGCGGGCCUCGACGACGCGGCCACCGUCCUGCGCUGGGUCCGCGACCAGGCGGUCGCGGUUGCCGAGGAGCUACCGGACGCGGACCCCUGGCUCGCGGAGUUGGCUGACUUCGGCCGGGUGUUCGUCGCCGGCGACUCUGCCGGCGGUGGCGUCGUCCACCACACGGCCGUCCGCCUCGCCUCGGGCCUGCUCGGCCGCCUCGACCCCGUGCGCGUCCUGGGGCACGUGCUGCUCUUCCCGCUGUUCGGCGGGGUGGAGAGAACGAAGUCGGAGCUGGAGCUCCCGCCGGGACCGUUCAUUUCGCUGCCGGUCAUCGACAAGGGAUGGCGCAUUCUGCUGCCGCCGGGAUCCACGAGGGACCACCCGUUCUCCAACCCGUUCGGGCCGGAGAGCCCGGCGAUGGACGGCCUCCCGCUGCCGCCGAUGCUCGUGGUGAUCGCCGAGUACGACCUGCUCUGCGACCGCGCCGCCGACUACGCCGCGAGGCUCAAGGCGAUGGGUAAGUCGGUGGAGCUCGUCAAGUUCGACGGGCAGGACCACGGGUUCUUCUCCGUCGAGCCGUACGGCGACGCCGGGACCGAGGUGGUCCGCCUCAUGAAACGCUUUGUCUACGACAACGGCGGCGACGCCGCCGCCGUCUCCAACUGAUCUGGGGAUGGAUCCGCCUGAUUGGCGUGGCUCGGUUUUAUAUUGCAUUAUUGCCUCCUGGAGUCCUGUGUGUCAGUCAAGUUACAGUAGUUGUAUGCCGAUCUUGUAACAUUUUGUUGUGGACACUAGUGUCUAGAGAGCGACGCACCAUUCUCGUCCAAGUGAAUGCCAUUCAGAAGUUUUGAAUAAAGCACGUUGUGGAUCA